AUGGCCCAGUUCGGGGCGGGAAGGCAGGUGGAGAACGACUGCAUUGCGUCAGUGCUGGUGCAGGUGCUGGGGGUGAAGGAGAGUGCUGAUCUGCAGGAAGGGUUUGGAUUCUUCGUGCAGCAUCUGCUGUCAGGCGGGCUGGAGAAGGCGCAUGCAGAGGAAAAAGGGAGGGGGGAAGCCAGGGGGAAGGGUCCUGAGAAGACACACGGGGAGGAGGGGUGGACUGGGAAGGAGGCUGCUGAGAAAGCGCAGGGAGAGGAGGGACGGGCGGAUGGCGAGGUGAUGGAUAGGGGUGGGGGCAUGGAAAAGGAGGAGGAGCAGGGGGGCGCCCUGGCAAGCGGGGCGGCCAAUGGAGCUGCUGGGGAGGGUGGCAGAGGAGGGAAGAAUGCGCAGUGGAGGGAGAAUCUGAAUGGGCGUGUGUGGGAGAGGUAUGUGGAUGGCAUGGCUUGGAUUCUGGAGCAUGGAGGAGGGGAAGGGAAGGAGUUCCGGUGCAGCCACUGUAUUGACGAGGGCAGCAAAAAUGGUGGUGACGUGCAGGUAAAUGGUGUUCCCAAGGGCAUGUAUGUGAGUGGGGUAGGCGCCACGGAUUUCGCUCUUGCUUGUGCCACUGAGCUGUCUAAGCCAGAGAGCUGUGCUGAGGCGUGUAUGUACAUAUUGGAUGGCAACAAUGCCAAUAAGUGCUUCCGCGACUACUACCUUCUCCUCCCAUCCAUUGCCCUCAUCGCCAAGUUCGCCUACCGCCCCCCCUACGUCCUCUUCAACCGCUUCUUAUCCGUCUUCCCGCCACACUCCUUUGGGUUCCACACGCUUGUGAAGGACAUGGGCUUGCCGCCGCUUCCCUCAGGCCCGGCUUCACCUAUCAACCUUGCAAUUCUGCGCGGUGAGAUAGAGAAGGAGCGCGUUACCUUCCUGCUGCUCGUCGCCCUCAAGUGGCCGGCCUCCAUUCUGGAGUUGGAACAGUUUGACGGCAAAGAGCUGUUGGAGGGAGACGGGAUUCGAGUGAAGAAGAAGGUUGCGACGGGGAGGAAGAAAGGGAAGGCUCGGAGAGGGAUGGGAAACGGAGGGGAGGAGGAGGAAGAGGAGGACGAUGGAGAGGUGUGGGAGGAGUUGGAGUCGUGGUGCUUCACAGCCCAAAAUGCUUGGCCAUCCAGCCUGCGUGUCUCGUUGAGGGAUGCCGGUGUUGAAUCGGAGGGCUCAGGUCUGAGUGAUGUGUGCAUGGGCAGUGAGGGGCAGCAGGAGAGGGCGGACAUGGACACGCGGAUUGCUGAUCUGGUCAGCACAGAGAUGCUGCUGGGGGAGCCGUGCUACCGCCCUGCUUCCCCUGCUUCCCCUUCCGUCCCUCCUGGUGUGAACACCACUGGUGCAGCGACAAGCACAACUGCUUCUGCCUCCUCCUCCCUUGCUGCUCCAACAAAUGUUGCUCCAAAGACUGCUGCCUCGUCUACCCACCCACCUGUGGACACCCUUGCUACCAGGCCAAGAUAUGAUGCCUCGUCCACCCAUGUCACCCCAACUACUGCUGCUGCAACCGGCACUGCAGGUACAGCUGCACCCGUUGCAGAUGCAGAGGCCUCUGCUCCCAAUGCUUGCAGGGAGAGAAGGUGCGAAGCUGCGGGGUGUGGGAGGAUGGAGGGUGGUGGUGUGAAUCUGAGGAGCUGCGGUGGGUGUGGCAAGGUGGCGUAUUGCAGCAGAGAGUGCCAAAAGGCGCACUGGCCCUCCCACAAGCUCACGUGCUCCGGCUGGUCCAGUGGCAAGGAGGGUGUCAGCCGCAGUGGCAAGCCCGCGCGCGCCUGCUACUCGCGCGCCCUACAGCCUGCGUCGCCUGCUGCCCGCGCUUGCCGUGCUGCCCGCGCGCCCUGCUGCCCGCGCACGCCCUGCUGCCCGCGCGCCCUGCAGCCUGCGUCGCCUGCUGCCCGCGCGUGCCCUGCUGCCAGCGCACCCUGCUGCCCGCGCGCCCUGCUGCUAGCGCGCGCCCUGCUUCCCGCGCGCCCCGCUGCCCGCGCGCCCUGCUGCCAGCGCGCGCCCUACUGCCCGCGUGCGCUCUGCUGCCCGCGCGCCCUGCUGCUAGCGCUCGACCUGCUGCCCACGCGCCCUGCUGCCCGCGCGCCCUGCUGUUUGUGCGCGCCCUGCAGCCCGCAUGCCCUGCCCUGUGUGCAGCGUCGCCCUACUGCCUAG